AAUGUCAACCGGAACUCAAUCCGCCCACGAUCCCGACAUCACCGCAUGUAAAUACCAACUUUCUAACUAUCUCACCUUACAGCGCGCAACGCGACUUUCAAUGCCGCUCAAUCGCCUUGCUCCUGCCAGCUAUCUCUGAUACUACGAAAGGCAACGACCUUUAAAGGUCUCCUGGAUUCAAUUCGGCGGAAUCUCUACCCGGAGAACGACUCUCGAGUGACCCACCUUGCCCUCUAAUUUCUCGCAAAAACCCCUCCUCUCCAUUCCCGCCCUUCAAUGAUGCCGAUAUAGAUAUAAUGCAAAGUCUCUGGUCUAGAACUGCCCUGUCGACUGGGUCAUGUCGAUGUGUCUCCUGUCUGCGCAGCGGCUCCAAUGCUGUUGCUGGACAAUCUGGCACUGCUGCCAGCCGGCGGAGGCUCUACAUCGGCAACUCCGUCACACUGCUUUAUUCCGCUAUCUUUGCAACAGCCGUGAUGUUCGACGCAGAUGCGAAAACUAAACGACGGACUGAAUUGGAAAAGAAAAUUGAAGCUGUGAAAGAGGAGGUGGAGCAAUUGCGCAUCGAGGAACUUCGGAUACUGAAUGGGCUUGCUGUCCGGAGAAAAGUGCGGCAGCUUCCUCUUCCAUUGCAACGAAGGCAAUACAGCACAGUUGCUGCUACUGCGACAAAGAGCUCUGCGUCAAUUGAAAAGUAUCAAGGUGUAGGCUCCUUCCCAAUUGAGCGCUCUGAAUACCAGGAACCGCCCGCAUUUAAAGACCGACCGGAAAUGAUCACAGACGUUUUUGAAAAGGGGUCAGCCAAGAAGAGAGAUCCAACGGACGAAAAUGAACGUUUUCAGAGACAGUAUGAUUUAGCUGGGCAAGAUGUUCUUCGAGAAAGAGCGAUUCAACUCCUUGCAAUACGGCAACUUGCCAUAAAAUUGCUCCUUCGACCCAGCAUCGCUCAUUCAUACGGCGAAGUGGUUGCAGAUUAUGGGGAAGAGUUUGACCACCCUAAAUUUAAAACCCAAGACUAUCUUAUCGAAUUGCACGCGCUAAAAAGGCGGAUCACUCGCCUGAGGUUUCGGAGGGACGAAUCAUACGAUGAUCUGGUGAAAAAUAUAACGAUUCAAGAGCAGUCAGCCCUUCAACAAGAACGCCAGGAAUUACACAAUAAUCUCCAAGCCGCCUUUGAAUCAUAUAAUCGAAAAAAUAUUUCCCUCCAGAGGUUACUUUUAAUAGCCUCUGAGAAUUUACUGGCAUCGGAGGAACCGAUUUUGGCGCAGACUGUUGAACUGAUGAUUACGCAAUUUACACGAUCUAAACAUAACGAUCUUGUAAAGAUGGUUAUCGACUCCCUAUUUCCUAACAGGAUCAGGAUGACUCCUCCUGUCAUUGUUUCCGCUAUAAACUUUUUCAACAAAACCAAGGAUCUCUUCGGUUUCGACGGCCUCCUACGCUUACUCCAGGGGAACAGUUUUCCUGUGAAUAUACCCGUGUUAUGGGAAACAGUCAGUGUUGGAGACGUUCAAGUUGCCGUUCCACCAAAGCCUCGUCACCCAUUUGUGAUGAGUGCUCUCAUCUCUGCUAGUCUUAGUUUCAACCAGCCCCAAAACGCUGACGCCUACCUCCAUAUCCUUCGAGAAUCUGGCUACAAUGAAGGAGCUCAGGUCUUGGGUUCUUACCUUCGAUUUUACACGGUAUCACCGAACUGGCGAAAGGGUGGCUACAUUCUGUUACGAUCCGUCGCUUUCAUUAUGUCUACAAAAGCUCAUUUUGGAAACGCCAUUAACCGAUUAAUCCUCUACAUGGUGGCCUUCUGCAACUCGUGCGGAAAGAAUGAACUCUCUGAAGCUAUCGUCAAAGCUGCUGUGGAGACUGGAAUAGAUUGGAGACCAAGUUACAACAAGAGAGAUCUUCGGAGCUCAGUUAAAGCGGCUCUAAAACAGUGGAGCACGGCUGCCGAGCACGCUUCCACAGAUAUUCCCGCCAGUAGGCCUUUGGGGCAGCGAUGCUACGAUUUCGCAAAACAAAUAGAGCAAAGUAUACGAGUGACGAUCGAGUACAGUGAACAAACGCCGUCGAAUAAUCUCCAACAAUCUCGGGAACGGGUCGAAAGGAGUUUCGAUGUGCGGCAUGCGGGCCAGAUUUCUGAAUCGCAGGAUCGUGACCCAACAUCUGGUAGUAGACCUUAUCCUGCGAACGAUGAGUUGCGAUCGACCAAGCCGAAAGAAGCAGGGGAUUUGGCUCGAAGUUCACGCCGUAAGGCCGAACAUCCCCAGGCCCAGAAUAGCCAGCCCGAUGAGGGACCAGCUGAAAAGAACAUAGUAAGAUUCUUUCUGAGGAAACCGGAAGAAGAACGUGUAAAAGCUCCACAAUCUACCGAAGAGAUGAGAAGAAGACGUUUCCAGGAGGACUACCGGUCAUUGUUCCAUUCGCUGGGAGUCUCUAAAAGGACCAUUCUUGACUUCCAGCGGGAGCUAAAUGAGCACGAGCUUCGGGUUCAUGCUUCUGAAUUACCAGCUGCAGAAUCCAAAACAGGAUUGCUCCCGGAGGAAGCUUGCGGUUCACUAUUCUAUUCGCUCGCGCUUUCUCAGAAAAUUAUUGGAGACUUGCAGCGCGAAGUGGACGAAUCUGGCCUUCACAUUCACACUUCAGGGGCGCCAAUCGAGAGAAGGGUUGAAUUGCUGGAGAGUUGAUGACUGGAUUUUUACAUCCGUGAAACACCAGACUUUGCGCAUUUAUGCGAUCAUCCUACAUCCACGAAUACAAAUACAUACGAAGAAAGCCUUGUUCAGAUGACAACGUCCGGCAACGACGACUGAAAUCGAAAAGCUCGAAGUCAUGAUAUGGAUUUCACGACAUCCUAGUUUAUCACCUUGGAUUGAAGAGUGAAGAUAAGAGAUGUCUUGUUUCAAAAACCGCCAUCAAAACAGCCAUGCCAUGGUCAUUCCGUAGCUCACUAAGCACCCUUACGAACAUAUGCUUUUUCCCAAAUCCUCAAUUUCAUUCCCUACCAUCCCCUAACCCACCAGGUCUUCCCUUUUUAACCUGGUUGAAGGGCAUAAUAGUGCUAGUACUUCUUGACUCGACGUACCCUUUUUCUUUUCUUUUUUUUCUUUACGUUUCACUAUUUUUGACACCAAUCUAUCAUUCCUAGACUUGAUUUAGCUCGGAACCGGUUGCAAAUCUCACACGGAGUAUGAUAGGGAAGAGAGGGUAAUGUAAUCUUCUGCCACUCUGAUUGUUGGAUAUAUAGGGAGGGAGUUCUGUGUGGUUGGUCUAUGCAUGUACUGUACAAUAGGUGGAGGAGUAUAUCUAUAUCUCACUAAAACAAAUUUAUCCAUAUUCUCUCUUCUCUUCUUAGGUUUGAAUCGCCCUAGUUCAAUGAUCAUCCUUCUCUGGUUUGCGAGCUACAUGAAGAGACGGCGAUCGACGUAGUUCUCUUGCUUUCCGUUUCUAUGUUAUAACGCAACGUAUAGGAACG